AUGGCCGAACAAUUGAUCUUGAAGGGCACUCUCGAGGGCCACAAUGGCUGGGUCACCAGUCUGGCUACCUCCAUGGAGAACCCCAACAUGCUCCUGUCUGCCUCCCGAGACAAGACCCUGAUCAUCUGGAACCUCACUCGCGAUGAGUCCCAGUACGGCUACCCCAAGCGAUCCCUCCACGGCCACUCUCACAUCGUCUCCGACUGUGUCAUCUCCUCUGACGGUGCCUACGCUCUGUCUGCCUCUUGGGACAAGACUCUGCGUCUCUGGGAGCUUGCCAGCGGUACUACCACUCGACGAUUCGUCGGUCACACCAACGACGUCCUCUCCGUCAGCUUCUCUGCCGACAACCGCCAGAUCGUCUCUGGUUCUCGCGAUCGAACCAUCAAGCUCUGGAACACUCUCGGUGACUGCAAGUACACCAUCACCGAGAAGGGCCACACUGAGUGGGCUUCUUGCGUCCGCUUCAGCCCCAACCCUCAGAACCCUGUCAUUGUCUCCGCCGGCUGGGACAAGCUCGUCAAGGUUUGGGAGCUCUCCACCUGCAAGCUCCAGACUGACCACAUCGGCCACACCGGUUACAUCAACACUGUCACUAUCUCCCCCGACGGUUCUCUGUGCGCCUCCGGUGGCAAGGACGGUACCACCAUGCUCUGGGAUCUUAACGAGUCCAAGCACCUUUACUCUCUCAACGCCAACGACGAGAUCCACGCCCUUGUCUUCUCCCCCAACAGAUACUGGCUGUGCGCUGCCACUGCCAGCAGCAUCAUCAUCUUCGACCUUGAGAAGAAGAGCAAGGUUGAUGAGCUCAAGCCUGAGUUCCCCGCUGUCGGCAAGAAGAGCCGAGAGCCUGAGUGUGUCAGCUUGGCUUGGUCUGCUGAUGGCCAGACUCUGUUCGCUGGCUACACUGACAACAUCAUCCGUGCCUGGGGUGUCAUGUCGAGGGCAUAA